AGAGGACUGAAAACAGCAGCUGCUACUGUGGACAAGCCGCAGACACACACAUACACACACACCGACAACUUCUUCUAGCAGAGAAAGGAAGCUUUAUAUAUCGCCCCUCUCAUUUAUUUAUUUAUUUAUUUGUUUGUGGAGUAUUUAUCAUUCUAUCAGUGUCGAAAAGAUGAACGGAGGGACGAGAAGUCUGUGCACUGUUGAGAACAUCAGAUAUCAAGAUAAUGGGGAGGGGUGUAGGCGACUGCGGCUCACACUGCACGACCAGCACCAGGCAGUGCGGAGCCCAGAGCAGAAGCACAGGGACAAGCCAAUUGGACGUGCGUUUGCACUUGUGCAGCCGGCCAGUGACAGGACAGCUCUGACUCAGGAGCCGGUCAAAUCUACAGAGGAGCAGGUGGAGGUCAUCAAGGUGUAUCUAGAAGCCCGCAGACAAGAGCAGCAGAAACAUCAGCAGAGCCUGAAGAUGCUAUCAGAUGAAGUUUCACAGAUACAGGAGGUGAGGUAUUGCCUGAAGACACUGAGGGAGCAAAUGGCAGCCAAAAACAAGCCACACACAAACGGGUGGAGGGUCAGCGCUCCGUUCAGAAAGAGCAGCUCGUCUGCCCCCAAGGGAGGAGCUAAAGCUGACGUACAGGAAGCAGAGGAUGAAGCAGAGAGAACCAAACUGAGAGAAGUCAGUAAGCGCUUAUAUGCACAGCUCCAAGAAACAGAGAAGAAACACCAAGAGGAAAAGGACAGGCUGCAGGCUGAAGGCAGCAGGCUGAGGGAGUGUCUGAGCGAACAGGAGGAGAAGUUGAAGAACACAGAAGAAGCUAAUGAGAAGAAAGACAAGCGCCUUGAAGAGCUCCAGAGGCUGCUGGGAGGGAUGGAGCAGGAGAGCUCCACCCUGCGGGAGGCCAUUCGCAGCCGCGAGGAGGAACUACGAGAACUACGCAAGAUCAGAGAGGAAGGCCCCAAAGGAGAGCAGAGGGCUGAGCAGUUGGAGAAGGAGGUGGCUAUUCUCAAAGAAAAGAUCCACCAUCUGGACGACAUGCUGAAAUGCCAGCAGAGGAAAGUCAGACACAUGAUUGAACAGCUCCAGAACUCUCGCAUGGUGAUUCAGGAGCGGGACCGCGUGAUCAAAGAGCUGGAGGAGAAAGUGGCUUUCUUGGAGGCUGAGAACCGAGAGAUGCAUGACCAGAUGGACUACUUCCUGGGAGGGCAGCGGUCAAAUUCCUAUCUUUCAUCAGAGCGUAACCCCCAGAUUGUCUACAGUAAACCAAUCAGGCCAUCCAACUCUUCUAACAAACCCCUCCCUUUCAUCAAAGUCAUUGAGAUCAAGUCAUGAAGCGAUUGUGCAGAGAACAGAUAAUUAUCUGAGGGAAGAUGUCAAAACCAACUAACUGCUUUGAAUACAGACUGAAACCAAUCACCAUUUGGGAUGAGUUUCUCAGCUUCACUUACACUGUGCAUUUGCACCAUGUACACUCUUGAAGGAAACUGUGCGAUGUUUGUUGGCACACACACAGACACACAGACACACACACACACACACACACACACACACACACACACACACACACACACACACACACACACACACACACACACACACACACACACACACAUUGUUUGGGCUUGUUGUGUGUCUGUGCAUGUGCAUUAUGAAUGACUGUGUGUCAGCUUUAAUGUAGAUACAUUAAGCGUACCAAUACAGCUGAUGAGCAUUUUAGGUCUUACAUGUAAGUACAUGCAUAUUGUAUGCAGGUGUUUUUCUUGCCCUGCCCUGCCCUGUUUUGAUUUCUUUUUUGACCUUUGAGUUUAUGAAACAUUUGAAUCAAAACAGAACUGAUGAGCAAAGUUCAGGAUGGCAGGACUUUUGCCAAUGAGAUUUCAUGUGGUAAUGACGUCGUAAACUCCAUAUACAGUAAUGUAGCAUUAAUACGGCUAACUGCACUUACAUGAUCCUGUGUCCUUGUACUCAUUAGUCAAUCUUUCAUGACUUGAGUGAACGGUAUAAUGUUAACAUGUAAAUACUGACUGUAGCCUGUAAAAGUUACCUAAGUUCUGUCAAUGGAGCUAUUUUAAAAAAUAAUAAUGUGUUUUUAAGCCCCAAACCACAAUUGGGCACUUUAUGAAAAUGUGAGGAAGGGGUCUGCAGAAGGAAAAACAACAUUGUGAGAGGCAGUGAAGAUAUUUGGCAACAUAAUUGCUUCAUAUAAAUGUUGUUAUUCUUCAUAUUUCCUGUAAAGCAUUUCAGUUCCAGUUCACUGUGUUUUUGUACAUAAUGUUCAUGAAUGUGAUUUGAUGUUUUAAUUUCUACCUAACAACUUUCUCCUUUGUAUUUAUUUAUAUUAUAUAAAAACCUCUAGACAGAUGCGAUAGAGGAGAUUUUGUAUGAAGUAUAUUCUAAUCUGUUAUGUGUUUGUGGUUCUCAGAAUAAAAUAAUAAAU